UCCGACAGCGCUUGCGCCGGUUCGACAAGAACCCCGUAUUGCGCCUGCGUAGCGUCUAGUGUCCCUGUAUGGCGGAAAGAGCACGAAUUGUCUGCGCAUGAGCGGUACCGCCUCUGGGCUGACGCAUGCGCUGUGCUGCUCUGCAGGGUUUCUCUCUUGCCAGAUAGUGAGCAUUCCUGGUCUCCCAUAUGCUGCCACAUUAUGAUCUGCCCUGCCUGUUAGGGUGACAGGGGCGCUAAGGCGUAGCUCCCCAGGGGGUGGUGGUGGCGGCGGCGGCACGGGAUAUUGGUUCCGCGUACUUCGAAGGGGAGGAAAUAGGGGCCCCUGGGAUCCUGAGGGGGAGGGGCUACGAACCAGGAACUGACAGCUGAUGAACACUUGGAAUGAAUAUUUCCUGUAGUUGUGUGGUGAUCCGUAUUCUAUAAUACUGUGAAAACAGAGGUAUAGUGUAUUUGACAUUUCUCCAGUCCACCAAUAUGUGCCCAACAUUUUGGAUAAUCUGAUUUACCAAUUCUGAUCACAUUUUGGAUAGAAUAUCUGAAACCGUGUGUUGGAAUUAUAUAACCUAUCGUUGUAGAACUGCUGACACUGUUUUGAUAUUCCUACUGUAUCGACAGGUGGUGUUUUUCUGCCAGGAGAAGGCCCCUUGGGCUCCUUCCUCCGCCUCGCUAAAGCUGUCAAACUGGCGAUGUCGCGAGUACCAAGUCCCCCUCCCCCGGCUGAGAUGUCCAGUGGUCCUGUGGCUGAAAGCUGGUGUUAUACACAGAUAAAGGUUGUAAAAUUUUCAUACAUGUGGACAAUCAACAAUUUCAGCUUCUGUCGUGAGGAAAUGGGCGAGGUGAUAAAGAGCUCCACCUUCUCCUCAGGAGCCAAUGAUAAACUGAAAUGGUGCCUACGAGUAAAUCCUAAAGGAUUGGAUGAAGAGAGCAAGGAUUAUUUGUCCCUCUACCUGCUUCUGGUCAGUUGUCCAAAAAGCGAGGUGCGCGCUAAAUUCAAAUUCUCCAUCCUCAAUGCCAAAGGGGAGGAGACUAAGGCAAUGGAGAGUCAGCGGGCAUACCGCUUCGUACAGGGAAAGGACUGGGGCUUUAAGAAAUUCAUCCGCAGAGAUUUUUUGCUUGAUGAGGCAAAUGGCCUGCUCCCAGAUGACAAGCUGACACUGUUCUGUGAGGUUAGUGUUGUCCAGGACUCUGUAAACAUCUCCGGCCAGAAUACAAUGAACAUGGUUAAAGUACCAGAAUGUCGCCUAGCCGAUGAGCUUGGAGGACUGUGGGAGAAUUCGCGUUUCACUGACUGCUGCCUGUGUGUGGCCGGACAGGAGUUCCAGGCACACAAAGCCAUCCUUGCAGCACGAUCUCCAGUGUUCAGUGCAAUGUUUGAGCAUGAAAUGGAAGAGAGUAAGAAGAAUCGCGUGGAGAUAAAAGAUGUGGAACCGGAUGUCUUCAAGGAAAUGAUGUGUUUUAUAUACACUGGGAAGGCAUCCAACCUUGACAAGAUGGCUGAUGAUCUUCUUGCUGCUGCGGACAAGUAUGCUCUAGAGCGUCUGAAGGUGAUGUGUGAGGAAGCUUUAUGUAGCAACUUGUCAGUGGAAAAUGCUGCAGAGAUUCUGAUUUUGGCUGAUUUACACAGUGCUGACCAGCUGAAAACACAGGCUGUGGACUUCAUCAACUACCACGCCUCUGAUGUCAUGGAAACUUCGGGAUGGAAAUCUAUGGUGGUCUCACACCCGCACCUGGUAGCAGAAGCAUACCGUUCCCUGGCCUCUGCCCAGUGCCCAUUCUUGGGUCCACCUCGAAAGCGCCUGAAGCAAUCCUAAGAGUUAUUCUUUAGAUCAGUCACUCUCUCCUCUUCCUCAUCGCAUGAGAGACGCUUGUUGUGGAGGGGGUGAGAGCGGAGGUUUCUAUCCUUUCCUCCCCCACGUUGUGUGUGUUGCCACCUACUCCUUUGCCACGUGGCCAGACUGAGCCUUUUGUCUCCCGUGUCCUGUGAGGAGCAGGGAGCAUAAUAGACUUGCAUUUUCCCUGACGGAACUUUAUCUUAAUUUAUAGGGGCGGAAAGCAGUUUCCGUUCUCCUGAAAGACUUUGGAGUGCAGACAUUUAAGGGCUGAGAAAUUUCCACAGCUGCCCUCCGGUCCCAUUUUUUUUUUCCUGGACAGUGUGGAGGCUACACUUGUGUUUAUAAUCUCUGGGAUGCAUUUUAAUUUCUUUUAUUUUGUGUUCCCUUGUUUCCCCUUCUAUAUAAUUUCCAUUACAAUUGCUCUUCCUUUUUUUUUUAACCUUUUUUAAAUUUUGUUUUUAUUGCCUUUUCUUGGUAUGAGCAUUUUCUCCAUUCCUCCCACCAACUUAACAUGGCUGUUUCCAAAUUCUAUAUUGCUGACGUGUGAAACUGUGGCUUUGCCGCUGGAUGCAGACUUCUACUGGAGUUCCCAUUCCUCUCCCAGAGGUGACAUAUUGCAAUUAAAUCUGAUUAUUAGUUCAGAUGGAUCCUGCGACUGCAGCCAGUAAAAUGUAUAAUGUUAAUUAAUUUUUGGCUAACAUAGGUAUUGGUUAAAUUAAUUUAGAUGGUUACCAGAUAAGAAGGUACUGUUUUGACCUUUGUGAGCGGUAAUGAAUCAGUUUCUCCUGUACAGAUGCUGCAUCCAGCUUUCAGGACUUUUUUUUUUUUUCUUUGACAUAUAACAUUGUUUCCUUGUAAUUUUAUAUUCUCACAAUAUUCUGUUUUGCUUUGACAUUGUCCUUGCCCUCCUGUACUUGCAGAAGCUACUUUGUCAUUGUGAGUCUCAACCAUUGAUGCUUCAAAGCCAGUAGAUUUAUUUUGUUUUUGGAGAUUAUAAAUAAUUCCUAUUUUGUA